AUGUUGGACCUGCACCCAAGACAGCCAGAAUCCUCAUUAAGAGCGGCCAAGGCCCGCAUAACACAAAGUCUUCGUCGUGAGAUGUCUAAAAGGGAAAGGGAUGCCAUCGAAGCCAGCAGCGCUUCAGACCUUCAGCUCAGAACUAUUCCAAAUGAGGCUUUCUUCCGCAGCAGGGUGAUAUCUUGGCUACUCAAGGCAACUCCGCCAAAGGGUUUCUUUGGUGGAUCGUCACCUCUAGGUGCUCACUUGAAAUACGAUAUCGGGACUCGCUUGCUUGCCGUCCAACUUUUCACCAGGUGUCUGCUCAGGCAAUCUGACGUCACUGUACAACCAGACGAGAUUAGAGAUUGGCAUUGCGGACUAUGGGAUCUAGCGCUAGCCUGCUUUUCCAUCGCUGUUAAGUUUACUCAACGAAUCGUCUUGAAAACCCUCGAUUACAUGACAUACGACGUAACCCCUUUAACGUACCUUCCUGAUCUACGCAGCGCUUUGCCUUCGCUCCAAGCUACGCUGCGGUACGGGGACUCGUGGUGCCGGACGGAGCAGCUUGCGUUGUCGAUAUACCAAGACGCGGUACUAGCAACCAUCAUCGUAGAUGCUCUCAUUGAAAUCGUCGCGGCGGAAGAUCAAGUUGCGCCAAGAGCCAUAUGCGCUUAUCUCUCGAAUCCCGUAUCGCUGAACCCCAGCUGGGAUGCAAUUCAGCUAGCUGCCGACGAUAUUUUCCGGAUACUUGACGUUAAGGAAGAAGAAUGGAAUUUGUGCCGGGAAUGGAUCGAGAAUGUUCGAAUGUAUUGAAACUAUAUCCUGUUUUCUCCUCGCUCUGGCCACAUCCGGCUUACUGUGAACUGGGUCCAUUAUUGAAAGAAAGCCCAAUUUUGCUCCUGUCGCACAUACAAUCUCUUCAAUCGUGAUACAGAAACCGAAUCCCUAGGUGAAUUAGUGAAGCCCUUCCC